GCGCCACUCUAAAUGAAUCGUUUGAGAAAACGUGCCUAGAAACAAGACACAAAGAAACUGGACAAUAACAGGACUGUUGUGGAUUCUGAGUGAGCACUAAAAACUUUGAAUACUAAAGCAGUGGAUUCAUCAUUGUAAGGAAACAGUUGUCAAGGGUGAUGUAAACAGCGCCGUGUAGCUGGAGUGUGUGCCGUGCGCACGCGCUGAACGAGCUUUUCUCCGCAGCUCUACGGGGUUGGCAGGCUGGCCGCACCAGUGACCUUAUCGAUUUCAACAGACUGCUUCUGGCGGGUGUCAAAUCCAGAGGUGACCGUCGCAGUCCAGGUUGAAAAGGGAAAGACUUGCCCAUUUUGUGAGUGAUAUGAGAAUUAACUCAAGCAUGCACCAACAUAUGCAAGUGCAACCCUUGGAAGGAAGAGCUCGUUGUAAUUAUGUAAAUCUGCCUAUGUUAAGUGGGGACAGACUGAAGACAGCUAAGACUCUAGUGGACAAGGCUAUAAAGGAGAAGAAAGUGUUCUCAGUGCUGGGUCCCUAUCCUAUAAUCCGUGCAGGCCUGCGUGCAAGAGGAUGGGUGGAGCGGCGCCUACCAUGGCCCUCUGUCCCCCAGCCACGUCGACAUGAUCUUGAAACAGAAGCCACAGAUGAGGGAGACAGCAGUGAUGAUGAUGACUUCGGAGAAGAGGGAGAGAGGUACGAUGAGGCAGAUGAUCUUUACGAUCUAAUGACACGGUUGGUUCGCAAUGAGACGCCAUAUUUCUACUGGACAACCAGGAGGGAUUCAAUCGACUGUCGAUCUUUACGUAAAGACCAGAUGACCAAUCAUUACGCAAAGGCAGGAUCUUUCACCACCAAGGUUGGUUUGUGUAUACACUUAAGAAAUCUGCAGUGGUUUGAUGCAGCAGAUCCCGAUACAUUUUUCCCACGCUGCUACAGACUUGGGGCGGAGGAUGAUAAACAUGCUUUUAUUGAGGACUUCAGAAGAACUGCAUGCACAAGUCUACUGCUGUAUGUUUUGGAGAAGUAUGGAGGGGAUUCAGAGUGGGAGAGAACCGGAGAGAUGUAUGAUGCUAAAUCUCAUGGUCUGAGCAAGCUGCGUAAACAGCAUGCCAAUCAGACGGUUGGAACCUCGAUAAUUGACAAUGCAUUGGAUAUAUGUCAGGAGUAUCUUAACAGUUUAGAACACUGUGACAUAGACAACACUUUGGAAACAAUCCCUACCCUCUCAGAGCAACAGUGGAAGGUGUUUCUUCGGAAUUAUUAUUUAGUUAUUCAUGAAGGACUGAUGAUAGAGGGCUGUGAAGCUUAUCUGGAGCGUUGUAAAUGCAUGCUGGAGCAGAUGAAUUGUGUUUGCCCUCAGAUGGAGACUGAUGGAUUCUGCAACAUCUGGAUCAUUAAACCUGGGGCCAAGUCACGAGGCAGAGGUAUAAUGUGCAUGAACAGGUUGGAUGAGAUAUUGAGUUUAGUAAAUGCAGACCAUGGCAUUAUGAAGGACAGUAAGUGGGUGGUGCAAAAGUACUUGGAGCGGCCUCUCCUUGUGCAUGACACUAAGUUUGAUGUAAGACAGUGGUUCCUGGUCACAGACUGGAACCCUCUUACUGUGUGGUUCUACCGUGAGUGCUACCUCCGAUUUUCCACCCAGCCUUACUCCACUCAUACACUGGAUAGUUCUGUACAUCUUUGCAACAACUCCAUCCAGAAGCAUUUUCAACCAAGCCCAGAUCGCAAUCCUUGUCUACCCGCUGAGUGCAUGUGGUCAUGUUCACAGUUCCGCACCUGGUUGGCUGCUUCAGGCCAGGAUAUUCUGUGGGAAGGGGUGGUUGUUCCAGGUAUGCAGAAGGCCAUUAUCCAAACUCUAUUGACUGCACAGGACAGUGUGGAACCUCGCAAAAAUAGUUUUGAGCUCUACGGAGCUGACUUUAUGCUGGGACGGGAUUUGCGACCUUGGCUGUUGGAGAUCAAUGCCAGCCCCACCAUGGCACGCUCCACAGGGGUCACAGCUCGACUCUGUCCCGCUGUACAGGAAGACACCUUGCGGGUGGUGCUGGAUCGACGCUGUGACCGCAACGCUCACACUGGUGGCUUCCAACUCAUAUACAAACAGGCAGCAGUAGAGGUUCCUCAGUAUGUGGGAGUGAAUCUUCUCGUAGAGGGGACUUCAAUCAGGCGUCCUCGAGCCCCUGUUUACAAGCCUCUUACUCAGUCUCACCCUGAUCCGCCAUCAAAAUCCAGCAGUUACAAGUCUUCGCUCAUAAGCAGCCAUUGCAUUUCUGGUAAGGAGAACCAAUCAGAAGAGGUAAAGAAGGCCUGUGCUACCCUCUCCUCCGGUAAAGUCAUGUUAGAGAAAUCUUUGGUCUUUCAGCCUAAACUGAGGAAACGUCCCCACAGACUCGUCUUGCCCUCAACCUGUUGUGUCCUUCCCAACCCAGCAGAACUUCAUCGUCAAAAGCUCUCACACACUCACACCCAGCCCAAUCACCCCCCGUCACACAGGACACGAAGCAACCUUCCAUCGCUUUACCGUCCAACCCUACCACUGGACGUAAUACAUCUACAACCCAGACAAAUGGUCACCUCCGGUCGCUACAAACAUGAAAUGCAUACAGUUAAUAUAUCUUAUCCUGUCUUGCGUAUGCAGAAAUACCUGUCGCUAAACCAUAGACUGUCUAUGGACACUUUUACGUACAGAGAAGGGCCGAAGUCAUCCUGAUGAACCUUUUGAAGAACAUGAUUUAAUUCAAACAGAUUCUUGUGUGAUAAUAUGACCUAAAAGGAAUUAAUAAGUUUUAGAU